UUUCCGGCGGAGCAUCCAAAAGAACAUGGUGUACACGUGUCAUCGGGAGAAGAACUGCAUCAUCAACAAGGUGACGCGGAACCGCUGCCAGUACUGCCGACUGCAGAAGUGCCUCGAAGUGGGCAUGUCCAAGGAGUCGGUGCGGAACGACCGGAACAAGAAGAAGAAGGAGGAGAAAGAGCCAGUGCAGCAUGGAGGGAACUACAUGGCCUUCGACACAGAGGCCAUGAUCACCAGGGUCCGCAAAGCCCACCAGGAGACCUUCCCCUCCCUCUGCCAGCUGGGCAAAUACACCACCAGUAACAGUUCGGAGCGGCGUGUGUCGCUGGACGUGGACCUGUGGGAUAAGUUCAGCGAGCUGUCCACCAAGUGCAUCAUCAAGACGGUGGAGUUCGCCAAGCAGCUGCCCGGCUUCACCACACUCACCAUAGCCGACCAGAUCACACUCCUCAAGGCCGCCUGUCUCGACAUCCUGAUCUUGCGGAUAUGCACACGUUACACUCCGGAGCAGGACACCAUGACCUUCUCGGACGGGCUGACGCUGAACCGCACGCAGAUGCACAACGCCGGCUUCGGCCCGCUCACAGACCUGGUCUUCGCCUUCGCCAACCAACUGCUGCCGCUCGAGAUGGACGACGCAGAGACGGGGCUCCUCAGCGCCAUCUGUCUGCUUUGCGGGGACCGUCAGGACCUGGAGCAGGCUGACAAGGUGGACAUCCUGCAGGAGCCCCUGCUGGAGGCUCUGAAGCUCUACGUGAGGAACAGGAGGCCCCACAAGCCCCACAUGUUCCCCAAGAUGCUCAUGAAGAUCACCGACCUGCGCAGCAUCAGCGCCAAGGGAGCGGAGCGCGUGAUCACGCUGAAGAUGGAGAUCCCCGGCUCCAUGCCGCCACUCAUCCAGGAGAUGCUGGAGAACUCUGAGGGCAUGGAGAGUUCCGGCGCGUCGGGCUCGGGCUCGGGGAGGACGAGUGGAGCGCCACCGGGCAGCUGCAGCCCCAGCCUGUCCCCAAGCUCCGCCCAGAGCAGCCCGGCGACACAGUCGCCAUAGCAACGCCCCAGAAAAACGCUCUCAGCAACGACCACCGACUACUGUGUCCCAUGCAGCAGACAUACACACACACAAUCAUAUAGACUUGAGCAGUCACACACACACUGACACGGACACGAACUUGAGCAGUCACACACACUCCUAAACGGACACGGACUUGAAAAGUCACACACACACACACACACACACACACACACGGACUGGAGCUCUGGACAUUGGCCUCCUCUGAGUGCUCAACCUCUGGAAUUGUUUUGUGUGUUUUUCUCAGCUUUGGAGAGACUAAUACACAAUAAGUGUUAGAGGUGUGUUUCUUGCACCUCUGUCCAGAUCCCUCUUGCCUCUCUCUGGACUCACACACACACACACACACACACAGAGUGGCAGUGAAGAGAAACUUCAGGCCCAUAAUGGGACAGGAAUGGGAGCUGCUGACUGCUCAGACAGACAAACAGACUGGCUGGAGAAAGACUAAUCUCAGACUCUCAGACUAAUCGACUGAAGGAACCCAGAGAACAGUAAUGAAUGGACACCUUGAGACUCUUAUCUCCUGGACGCGGUCAGAAGAAGAGGACAAAACAAUAGUCUUACAUUCUCUUCUCUAUUUCUCUGUUUCCAUCUUCAAGAGACAGAUUUCUUACAAAAGUAUAUAUAUAAAUAUAUAGAGAAGAUCAGGAAUGAUUGUGAGUUGUCCAUGAAUUGAAUGACCGAUUUAAAAAAAAAAAAAAAAAAAAGAAAAAAAGUUUUUUUGAAGUUUAGAUGCUGUUGUAUUUCUUCACUGUUGCAAAUCUUUUCAUACUCAUGAACGCAAAAAAAGAAAAGAAAGUUGUUCUGUCGUUGUUUUUAUCACUGACUGAUGUUGUUUUCAUGGAAACAGAAAUUCUAAAAAUUAAAAAUUAAAAAAUGUUAUGACAAAUCCUUAAAA